AUGAAUCCAAGAUCUAGCUUUGCUGCGUCGGACAUGACAUAUCACAGUUUCCACGACAUUGAGCUACAAGAACCGCCUUCACCUCCCCGGACAAGGAAAUUCGUGGACUCAGAAUACACAACGACCAACACAAAUCAAUACAGUUACCAAGAAGCACCAUAUCCCUCGGCAGUGAAGAUGCAACGGCAGGACUCAGGGUACGAGUCACACCAAUCAGGCUCAGCACGCAACUCCCUUUCCCAAUCUCGACCACGACGCAUGUCAAACGGUUCUUCUGCCGCCGUUGCUCUCACAAGUACUCGGGCUCGCACACGGCCAUCGACACGCAGAUCUGCCAAGUCGUACCCCCAAUCCAGCGUGCAGUCCGUGUACUCACGAAGCAGCGGCAGCGGCAGUGGUAACACACAACAGCCAGCCUCGUACUUCCAGUUCCCAACACCGGACCUAGUCGAGCUCACCGAGACCACAACCCGAGGAGAACCAUCCGUUCACUUGCCGCCGCCCACGACACACUACUGGACAAGCGACAGCACCCGGCGGCUGGAGUAUGCUGCCAUCGAUGCCGCUAGCCGUGGUGUCAAGGGCUGGAUCAGGAGACACCUCGUGCCGGACUGCUUCACGCCCAGACAUGUCGCCUUUGACGACGACUCAGGCAGUGUACGCCGCUACAGGCUUGAGCUCGAAGAAGACGACGACGAAAAGACCUGUCCUCGAGACGGAGAACGUCGCAAGGCGUGGCACCUUUUCUCCCUGCGGAAGAGCAGUACCGCAUGA